AUGUUGCGGUUACUGAGAAAAUUUCUCACUCCGGACCCCGAACUCCUUUCGUUCGGCUUGCAGAUGCUGCGGCUCAUCGGCCUGUGGGGUGAUCGGCGGAACUUCGUACGCUACCUGGCAUUCAAUCUGGCCAUGAUAAUCGUCCUAAUCGGUCCAAAAGCUCUGCUGGGUUCUGGCAAAGUAGGAUUCGACUCGAUGGCUCGCAACCUGGCUGAGUUGAUCUUCUUGGUUGAGGUUUGCAUUUCGAUUGGAAUCUUCGCCAGCAGAAGGGCACCGUUCGAGCGCUCGGUACUAGUGCUGCAGAGGAUUUUCCGCCGCAAGUGGCCCAAUGAUCUGCAGGACGAAAUCGAUGGCUUUCAUCGCCGGAUGGAGUUUUUCGCUCGGGUUUAUGCACUGUACAUUACGUUUCUUCUCUUUUGGUUUUACUGUGUUCCGGUUGUUUCGACCAUAGUUAAAGUGAUCUGUUACGACGAGUCGGAAAGGAGUGACUUCAUGUUGGUUAUUGAGCAGCAAUUUUAUUGGCUCGAUAUUCGUCGCAAUGUUGUACAUUAUGCAAUUUACAUGGUGUGUUGUGUAGUUGCGGCGACUUGCUCUGCUUACCAGAGCACUCUAAAAGGAACCAUAAUCGUGGUGAUGAUUCAGUAUGGCUCCAAGUUAUUUGAGCUUCUCAGUAAGAGGAUCACCGCUCUGGAAAACAUCGAGAAGGCAUCAGAUCGAUAUCGAGAGCUGCGUGAGCUGGUAGAGAUACAUCAGUCUGCUCUGGAGUACGCGGAGCACUUGGAAUCGACACUUUGCUUUAUAAUGAUCAAUCAGAUUUUGAACUUCAUUUUGAUUUGGUGCUUGAUGGUGUUCUAUGUUUCGAAUAAUUUCGGGCCUAAUGCGGCAAAUGUGAUGCUUCUGUUCAUGGUGUUGAUGAGCGAAAUGGUGGUUUAUUGUGUUAAUGGAACGGCACUUAGUGAACAGGCGGCCGGCGUCGCAAAUGCCAUGUACAAUCACCCCUGGCACGUGGAAUCGAUUCCGAUGCAGAAAAAUAUUAAAAUUAUCAUUCAAAGAGCUCAGCGACCGACCGGCAUUACGGCUGCCAAAUUUUACUACGUCAACAUCGAACGGCUCGGAAUGGUGAUCCAGGCAUCAUAUUCAUACUAUUUGAUUCUGAAGAAAAGAUUUUAAUACUCAAGAAAGUGAAAGAAUUUAAUUAAGGAGCAAACAUUUCGGAAUCCAAUGUGGCCGCCAUAACGGCAGAAAAUUUUGAUUUUGGUUACGCGGUCUAGAAGGUAAUAUCUGCAUUGCAGUAUCCAAGCUUUUUGGAAUAACCGUUAAUGAAUUUGGAUUCUGGAAAAUUUUGCUUCAAAAGUAUGCUGCAUUAUAAACUCAGAAAAAUAUUUUUCCAGUAUAGUAUUAACUAGUGAUUAGUUGCACCGUUGUUCCUUAGCACCAGUUUGAUGUUCAUAUUUGCACGCUCAAUAAACGAAUAAAAAUGA